GAGAACAGGACGAUCAGAGUCUCGUCGUACUAGCCACACUUGGCUGCUCGUAGCGCUGCUAUCUCGUUGCUCGUACAGUUCAUGAAUGCAGUGACUCAGACUUGCCAGAAACGGGAGCUUGCACGAUCGCUGUAAUCCUGCAGUCAAGCUGUCACGGCGUGACGAGUGUCGCUCGCUGAGGUUGGAGGCUUUGAGCAGCUUACACGUAGAUCGGUUGGACUCUCUUUGGGUCCUAGGAGCUGGAUUUAUAGCUCACAUAGGCUGCAAGUUAGCAGUAAAUUCAUAGACACGGCGAAGCUUCAAAGCGACAUACUGGUGCCCUGGAAGAAGAUGUCACACAUUUACGGGACUACAAAAGAUUCGAACGAACUCACGCCCGUCCCAUUGUCAACAGGUUCGCUCCUUUGAACUCAGAUACACUUCGCAAUUGCAGUGUCAGAUUUCAUCUUCCUUUCGCAUCUGCUCCUUCACUUGGGUUGGAGUCCAGUUCAGUUGCUUCACCCACGGCAGCGACUUGCAUUUGCUUGAUCCAAGAGAGAGAACAACAGGAAUGACGACUGCCGAGUCCGCAGCGCACAUGGAUACCUCAUCUCCCGAUUACACCGGUUCCGACAAGAAGAAGACUUCUCUUAUUGGAAAGGUGAAGGCCAAGGCCAAGAAGUUGAAAUCCAAGUUGAAACCUGGACACAAUGAAGAUGGAACAGCGACCACGAACCCAACAAUGGGAGCACACGCCGAUGAUAGCAGCAGUGCGUCUUCAUCUGAUGAAGAAGAAGAAUCACAAGAGCUUGGAUACACGCCUCUCAGCAAUGCCGUAAACUAUGACGAUGAUAAGACGAGUGCAGCUGCUUCUAGAGAUUUUGACUUCAAUGGUACACAAUCAAGCCAAAGCGGUACGGGUCUUGGAACAGGUUAUGCACAGGAAGAUAGGAAAUUUGGUCUACUUGAUAGUCCUACUGAUAAGGGACGUCUCGCUACCGAAGAUCCGUCAGCUCCAACCAAAAUAUCUGACAGCAUUCCCCUUUCACAGUUUAAAAGCUCUGGACCUGCUGGGGUUGAGCAGGCUGUUCCCACUGAAUAUAAUUACUUCAACAAGGAUCCUGAAUCUGCCAUGGCUCCCACUCUUGGAAUGGGGAAUUCUCAGUCGCUCAUGGAAGAAACCCCGGCUGCCCAUGGAGGUUCUUCAGCUGGCAUUGCGCCUAUCCUCUCAGACUCGAGAGCCUUUGGAAGUAACAUUAGCAAAGAAGGAGAUCAGUCCUUUUCUUCUGGAGAAUUCUCUCGACAUGAUAGUUCUAACAGAUCUGUCUACAGAGAUGAAAAUUCUGCUGACGGUAUAUUAGCUCCUCUAUCGACGGAGUCACAGUCUAGGAACCGAAAGUUCAACCCGUUCGACGAAGCCGAGGAGCCGAGCCGCAGCAGUUUCAACCAAGACGUAGGCUUUUCAGCCACGAACAAUAUAUCAGAUACUUUGUUGGGAACGAAAGAUACUUCUGCAGACAAUAUAGCUGUCUGUCCUCCAUUGUUGACAGACGAACAGGAGUCAACUUCCGACACUACUUCUUCUGAUUAUGAUAGUCAGAAACCCAUCCAUCAGCGUGCUUACGACGGUUUAACAGGGGCAGCGGUUGGAGUUGGGCAAAAACUUGGUGUGUACAAAAGUUACGACGAUGUGCCAGCAGAUAAUUCCAGCUCAUGGUCUUCACCUACAACGACGACGUCAACAGAACCUACUAUGGCUCAGAAAGCAUACGAUGCAGUCGUCGGUACUAAAGAUGCUGCAGCAGAUAAAGUGUCACAGACUAAGGAAAAUGUACAGCAAGGAAGUGGCGAGCCUACAAUGGCACAGAAAGCGUACGACGCAGUUGUCGGAGCAAAGGAAACGGCCGUGGGCAGCCUUGGUGGGCAAACAUCAAAAACUGAUUCGAGUACCACAUCUCAGCCACAAUCUAACAGCUUCUUCUCUUCUUCAGCAGCACCAGCUGAUGAAUUUGGUGUUUCUGCCACCGAACAAAAGCCUCUCACUCAGAGGGCUGGAGAAACUGCAGUUGGGUGGAAAAAUUCGAUCGCUAGUAGCCUAGGGAUGGGUGGUACAGCAGCUGGAGACCGAAAUCUGUCCGCUUCUACCGCAACUGAUACAAAUCAGAAGCCGUUGACAGAAAAGCUCACAGAAGCAGGUGUUGGAUUUAAGGAGACUGUGGCAAGCAAAUUGGGAUAUGAAGGAUCGGUAACGAAAUCGCCUGGUGAACAGAUGACUGGAAACGCAGCCGACACCGCCAUCAGUGCCAAAAAUGUUGCAGCCAGCAAACUUGGACAAGCUGACCAAGCUUUGUCAUCUGACUCGACGCCCGUUUCACAGAAAGCAGCCGACACUAUGUACAAAGCGAAGGAGACGACAGUCUCCACUCUGACACCAAACGAAGAUGAUAAGGCACUUUCAGAUUCCGUUACAGAGUCGAUCAGCAAUCUCCCAGCGCUCUUGUCGGAGAAACUGGGAUUUGGUGGCAGUACAACUUCUACCACGUCAAACCCCUCCACCGCUACCAGAAAUUGGCAGGGCGCAUCCGAGUUGAACAUUCCUGUUUCCGACAGUCCCUCGGCUAACCUCAAUCCUGCUGCAGAUACACCAGACAGUGCUGCCUCCCCAGGGAUCAUGAAUCGUGUUACGGGGGUUGUAUCGUCGCUGUUCGGUGGCGGUGCUAAAAAGCCGACCUCCGGUGGGGAGGAGCCCAGCCCCACUCUGUCGCCAUCAGGGUCAGGACGUCGGUCAAUCACUGAUACAACUCCGAUGGUUACUGACAUCAGUGGGGUGACUUCACCCCGUUCCUCUCCUGCUGCAUAAGCUACUUAUCAGCCAUGAGAUAUCUGAUUUUCAUUGAAUAUGCGAUCGACCGUAUGUGAAGAACUGUUCUUCAAGCUGAAUUUGUGUAAGACAUGUAAAUUCUGUCUUAGCCUACUGGGAGGAAGAGGAGUUCGUUAAAAAUAAGAACUUUUGCAAAAAGAUUGUAGAUAAAAGUGUUGAUAGCUGAUUGUGUCUAAUAUGUCAUUACGCAGUAGGAUAGAAUUAGACCAUUGUCCAGUACAUAAGCUGGCCGUUUUCAUUGCAAUCCUCUUCGAAGUUAUUACGUAAAAGAUAUAUGCAAGUUUAUUUUCGUU